AGGACAUGACGUGCCCAGUGAACACAGUCCAGUGCGACUCUGGAUAUUGUAUCCAGCAGCGCAUGGUGUGUGAUGGGAAGAACGACUGUAUACAUGGGGAGGAUGAGCUUAACUGUGAUACGUACAUCUGUCCUGGAGCCCAUCGUUGUCGAGGGGAGACCAACUGUGUUCCUAAGGACCAGUUGUGUGACGGUGUGCCACACUGUGCACAGGGAGACGACGAAAGCUAUUGUACGGCCACGUGCCCAGAAGGCUGUGAGUGUUACGGACUGGUGUUCUUCUGUAGGGACAUGGAGUUCUACCUCAUGCUGGUGGACCUUCCUUGGUACCUCAGGAAAAUUGAUCUCAGCAAUUCCUUCUUUGCUGAGCUAGCGGAGAUGCGGGGUUCCAACUGGACUGAUGUGACCUUCCAACGGUUCAGUUACAUGGCUGAACUUGUUCUGAAGAACGUUGGACUGUGGACUCUGACAAACGAGAUAUUCCUAAAUCUGAAGAACCUGCUUGUGCUGGAUCUGAGCUACAAUAUGCUCACUGCUGUUGUGAAUGAACCAUUCGCAGACCUUCAAAGGCUUAGGACCCUAAACCUACGUGGAAACAGAAUCAAGAAUAUAGAAUCUGGAGUCUUCGCACCACUGAGAGAUCUGAAUGAACUGCAUAUACAAGAGAACCUGUUGCAAGUGUACAAACUGGACCUAUUCAGUGGCCUAACAACUGUCACUGAGCUGCAUACAGACAGUUACCAGCUCAUCUGCAUCGCUCAACAAGAGGCUGGUCUGAAGCUGAGGACGUUCACCCCACCAAAGGAUGCCAUCGCCUCAUGUGAUAACCUCAUUGAAAACAGAGAGCUGCGGAUUGUCCUGUGGGUACUGGGCUGGUUUGCCUUCCUCGGGAACAUCCUGUUCAUCGUGCGACGUCUGGUCAAACAGAAAGGCGCCCUGAAAAAAAUCAAGAUCCUGGACUUCACUUUCCUGAACCUUCACAUAGCUGAUGCAAUCAUGGGCGUGUAUUGCAUCAUCAUUGCCUCUGCGGACGAGCACUACCGCGGACGCUACAUCGAAAACGCAGAGGCAUGGAAGCAAGGAGGGCUCUGCCAGUUUACAGGGUUCUUGUUCACCCUUGCUGCAGAGAUCCCCUUCGUUGCCCUCCCCGUAGCUGUAUUUGAGGAGUGCAUUUAUGCCUUCUAUGAUCUGCAGUUUAGGAAGAAGUAUGGGGAGAAAGAGAGGCCUGCGUUGCCUCAAUGGAUAACGCUAAAGAUGACGGCUGUCAUCUUGGGCGUCUCCUGGCUUGCCCUGGCCUUUUUGGCUCUUAUUCCCAUGUUUGGGAUUCCUUACUUUGGGAACAAGUUCUAUGCUAAGAGCACAGUGUGCCUCCCAAUGUAUAUUGCUGGGGACUUGCCCGUUGGGUUUGAGUAUUCUGCCUUUCUCUUCAUCAUCUUUAACUUCUGUGCCUCCGUGAUGCUGAUUGUGUACUACAUUUUCAUGUUUGUGGUGGAUACCCAGAGGGAGGUGGAGUAUGAUGAUGAAGGGGAGGCCAUUGAGGAGAUGGCUUUCAGUCAUCGUCUCUUUGCGGUGUCGUUCACUAACCUUUCCUGUUGGCUGCCCGUUGUGCUGUUUGGGAUGGCCGGAUGGGACGGUAGCCCCGUGUCCGUAGACCUGACGCCGUGGGCGGCGCUCAUCAUGAUCCCCAUCAACGCUGCAGUCAAUCCGCUCAUCUACAUGAUCUUCCCUGACAAGAAGAGGGAUCUAGGAGGACCUGCGGCUGAUAAAGGGAAAGGGGGGAAGCCAGGGGCAAAGCCAGGCCAAGCCAAGCCCGGCCAAGGAGGGGCCAAGCCAGGCCAGGGGGCGGCCAAAGCGGUCCAGGGGAAGGCCGGACAGGCUUGGACCAAGGCGAUCCAGGCAGGGGCCAAGCCGGGCCAGGAAGGGGCCAAAGUGGGCCGGGGUGAGGGGAAAGCCGGGCAGGCUUGGACCAAGGCCAUCGAGGCAGGGGCCAAGGUCAAAGACGCUGGGAGCGCAGCUAAACCCAAAGGAGCUCAGGCUGAGGGUAAGGGUAAAGACGCAGGUGGGGCUAAGGCAGAUGGUAGUGGCACAGGUGCACAAGGUGCCGCCAAGUCUGCUGCAAAGGGCCAGACUGGCGGCCAAGCUGGCGCCAAGAAUGUGGCCAAGGAAGGAGGUGGAGCUUCUCAAGACGUUGCUAAGGUUACCAGUGACAAUGCCCAAGGUCAAAGUGCGGAUGGAAAGAAUGAUGAUGUAGUUCCGUCCAACGGGGGUGGAGACGAAGCCGAAUACGUAAAUUUUGGCGGCAAGUCGCUCACUGCCGAAGCAGAAGUGCAUCGCAGUGAAGACAAGGAAGACACGAUCAUUGAUGACAGUGGAGUGAGCGGGUCUAAGGAUAAGGAUGACAGUGUCAGCGUUGACAGUGGGGUCAGUGGGUCUAAGAGCUCGGGGAGUCACGAAGAUGAUGGGAGUCCUCAAGAGGAGAAACCAGCAAGCGCUAAAGUAGAUGGGGCCAAAGCAGGUCAGCCACAAGAUGUGGAUAAAGUCACCCGUGAUGCCGCAGCUGUUGAUGGCAAAGGGGGUGCUAAGAAUGGUGCAGACACUGGUAAAGGACCACAAGAAGAGGCCAAAGCAGAACCUGCAAAGGAUGUGGAUAAAGUUGUUUAAGGCCAGAAGGCUUGCAAAGGCGGUGCCAACGAUGGAGUAAAAGAUUGAGGGUUAAAAGACUGUGUUUGGAUAGGAGGCGACAGUGCAAACAACACAUAUAGACAAGGAGGACAAAGUACAUGUACAGACACGGCGGACGAAGUAGAUAGUGGCAUCGAGGCUACUUCAGGGGGAGACAAGCUGGGUGAUGGCAAGAAAUGAAGAGAAAAAGGGUACUGGAGAACAAGAACAAGUCGCUAAUAAGGCUACAUACACAGUCUCACUUAUUAUCUUAC